UGUUGUACAUGCGUGAUUAUUAUAAUGGGUGAAUGUAUUCAUCGAUGUGCUAUGAUUAUAAAACCAGAUGUUACUAACUAGAUUAACCUCUCUCCAGCUAUCGCGCUGGAUAGGUGAUAUCAAAUAAAUAUACGGCACACCAGACAAGUACUCAGCGACGAUGAAGAUAAUAAGUAUGCUUGUCCUUUGCAAACGCUCGAGCUACAUGUACUACUUGCUUUGAGAGAGCUUCGAGGAAGAUUUCCCACAGCUUAAAAUACAUACGGUAUCUUCAGUGUGCAUACCUGCGCACUUUUUCGUAAAAGUUAUCCUGCGAUAAGGUGGCCGGAAGCGCAAGCAACGUUUUGUGAGGUUUUAGUUUACGUAUGUCGCAGUAGCUGUAUGGUGAGCAGGUAAGUGCACCCUGCUCUUAUCAAGACACCUGUCGCAGAAGAUAGCCUGCCCCGCCUUCCCACUUUUCCGUGAACGACUCUGUGAUCGACAAACGAGCUGUCACAUGCACUGUGCCUCCAGUGUGUCCUACGGCAGUGUGUCCGAACAGAGUUUAUUUUCACGUGGCAAGGCCUCGGUGUGCCGGGACCAGUUGCCCGCCGACAUGCGUUACACCUUUGCCGCAAUAAGAGUGCAACUGCUUUCACCGGGCACACGUUAGUGCUUAACGGACUUUUUUUCACCCCACACAGGAAAGGUUGACUGAAGAAUUUUUUUUCCCCAAGGACGGAACAUUCUUAACAUGGACUGGUUUGUCACGAUCUACUGCUUUGCUCCGAGUCGAUGCACAGCCCUAGUCACAGGACUGUAGAGGACAAGCUCGCAGACGAUACAAAUUGUCGCGUGGCAGAGGAAAAAAACAAAACUGAAGGGUAAUAUAGUGCUGUGUUUUGGAGUCUUCAAGUACAAGAGGCAGCAAACAUUUUCAUGAUGUCAUCAAGGGAAGUGAUGGCCGCCACAGAGACGCCCUGGAGGGGUGUGCCUACAGCCGGGUGUUCCUGCUUUCACGAACUCCACACUCUUGGUGAUCGCAGAAGACAGAGCACGGACAGUAUAUUUCUGGAUUGCUGUUUAUUUGUCGAGACCAACUUUUAACCUCUCGCGAAGUUGUAGGUUGUCCCGUCUCGGCGAACCAUUUAACAGUUUACUGUCUCAAACCGCGAUAAAAAUCUUUAAGUCAACAAUAGAUUUGCAAUAAACUUGUUACUCUUUACUGUUUAUUUCUCUCUUUGUUGGCAAGAGUCCUCGACAUCCACUGCCCACGACUUAAAGGCAAUAAACUUGAAAACCCAAGAACCCACAUAAAGCUUGAGCUUUUGUACCUCCACCAACAAGACAGUUUGCAUCGUUGGUCUCUUUCUUGAUGUUGACAGUUAAGCCUGGAUGCAAAUUUGUGCCUUAGUUAUAGAAGUUAACGUCGAAAAUUCAUCUUCAAGCAGUGUACCAGAGACAUACAUCAGUGGUCAGCGGGAGGAAUCAUGGGAAACACGUGGUCGUUGACUUCCGGCCGGACCAGAAAAUCAAGCAAAUACAGAAAGUCGGAUAUCUCGUCGCCGCUUAAAAAUGGCCCCUCCAUUUCCACAAACAUUGCUGUUAGAAUCGGAACAUUUCCCUUCUUUGCUGGAAAAGCUGCAGGGUCCCCAGACGCGAGGGAGCGAGAAGAUGCUCUCACUCAGAACAGGAAACACCGAAGUUGAAGAGCUUCAUGACAAAGGGAGAUCAUCGGAUCCUCCCGAAAGGUCACAGACUCCACCGUGGAAGUUCUGGAGGAAGCUGUCCACUCGCCGAACUGACAAAAAACCACGGGUCACACACAAGGCCAACGGGACGAGCAGUAGACUCGGUCUGCACCCCGAGUGGGACCCGCGGGCCGGCCAGGAUCCCGAUGCCGACGGGGACAGGUUGGGCCCCCCGCCACAGGCGAGUCUGCCGGAUGUGGUGGACAAGGCCGUGCUGCGCCGCAGCAGCAGUCUGAAGGCGCCGCCUAAACCUCCGCGCCUCUUUCUCUUCCGGUCGUCUUCCAUCAACAACCCCCGCAGCUCUGUGGAUGGCGGGUCGCAGCGCAACUCACUGGUUGUUGAAGGUGGUGGGCAGGAGUAUGGUGCGGAGGUCGUGGGUGACCCUGAACCCAUCUACGUGAACUCCGCCUUCAGCGCGGCCCUCAAAACUGGACUGUCCACCAACGACAGGAUCAUUCCGCCCACCGUCAAUAACAGCAACAACAACAGCAUCCACAAGGAUGUAACGGCAACUGAAGCGGAGAGAAUCAACGGCGGGGAGUAUUUGGAUACCUUCAGCAUGUUCUCCUCUAGCCGCAAGGGAGGGACGCUGUCCCACAGCGCCAGGUCCAACGUGGCCACCGUGACCCCCACCUACAGUACUCUCCCCCACACUCAUCACAAAAGCCAGCGGCAGAAAGCCCUGUCCCCGGAACUAACUCUGAAAAGGACUGGCCGCUCGAGAGGCAGGUCCGGCGACCGCCCCGACCUCUGCCGGCAGCGGCACAUCAUGCACAGCGUGGUGGACCUGCUGUGUCAGCGCUUUGACCCGUUUCCCCUGCUGGACGACUUGCUGGUCGCGGGGGUCAUCGGUGAGAUGGACGUACAGGCUUUCAGGGGUCAUCCGGACCGCAAGUUGAUCUGCGAGAGCCUGGCCAACGUCAUCGGAGAGGGCGAGAGUUCGAAACUAGCGGGAUUCAUCGAUGUGAUUAGGGCGGCGGGUCAGCACGAGGAGAUCGUGCGCGUGCUGGACGCCAUGCGAGCCCUGGACAGGCUGAUCCACGAUAUCCCUUGUCGGAGUGGCGACGGUUGUGGCGAUGGUGAAGAAGACACCCAGAUAAUGGCCGACGAGAAGAUGAUUUCUUACGAAGUGGGUUACCUGGCUCCUGACGGCAUGACUCUUAGACCUGUGGUCGAACUAGAGAGGGUUCGUCUCGCUGACCGGCGUCUCAGCAAGCGAGUCUCUCGACUGUCGGCAUCGUGCUCAGCGAUGACGGAAACAGACCUCGGUGACAACAUCCUCACGGUGCCUUCCGGUCCCGUGAUGAUGAACGCCUCCGUCACAGGACAUAACCUUAGCGGUCUCCGUGCGCAGGCGCUGGCGGAGGUCAUUAGGCAACACGACUGUCUGCUGGAGCUGCGGAUUGGUAAGACACAGCUGUGCAGCGCUGACGUGGCCGUCAUCUGCGAAGCCUUGCCAGACAACUCGUCCCUAGUGUCUCUCGACAUUCGUCUCAACGCCCUGGACCAUGCCGGCGCAGCUGCUGUGGCGGAGAUGCUUUGUCGCACGCAGUCGCUGCGACAGCUGAACCUGUCUUCCACAGGCCUAGACAUGGCCGGGUCAGGGGUCAUCAUCACCGCCCUCAGCUCGUGCAGAACGCUGGAGGAUCUGGACAUGAGCUUCCUUGACGUUGGAGACGCCAGCUGCGAGCACAUUCGGGACAUGCUGAAGGCCAACUCCUGCUUGCAGAAGCUGAGGCUUCGUAGCAAUAACUUCUCUGCCGGCUGCUUCGCAAUCGCGGAGGGAUUGAGCCGCAACCGCACCCUUCUGGAGCUGGACCUCAGCCGCAACUACAUCGGGGACACAGGGGUGGAAGCCUUAGCUCGAUAUGUGCCGGAGUCGGCUUUGACAGACUUGAGUCUGGAGAACUGCGGCAUCACCACCAGCGGCUGUGACUCCGUGGCGCAGAUCAUCUCCGGGAGCAAGAAGCUUCGUCAUCUCGACCUCAGUGUCAACUUCCUGGGCGACACGGGUGUGUUCAGGCUGGCAGUCGCACUCGAACGUAGCUCUGUGCUGCACACUGUGGGUCUGAACAUGUGCGGAGUCACCAACGACGGCUUCUCGAAGAUUCUGGACGUGCUGGAGAAGAACGCCAGCAUCACUCUUCUCAAGCUUUGUUACAACCGCCUGGGGAGAGAAUACCAGAACCCUGCAGCCACCUCCGACAACCUGCGCUACCGACUGCGUAUAGUAACCUCGUCAAAACCCAAACUGAAGAUCUUGCUCUGGGGAAAUGCGUUUGAUGAAGCGUAACCCAUUGUGACAAUAUUGUAACUAUUGUGACAGCAAUGUAACCCAUCGUGACAAUAAUCGUGACAGUAAUGUAACCAGUGACAGACGUGCAGGGUUAACAACAUAGAGUGUUUUCCCUGAAAAGCAUUUCCCCCUUCAACGCACUGAAAUCUUGCCAAAAAUACAAACUUGUGUAAAUAAAUAAAUGGAUAAAAUAAAUGACUUUCAGGUUUACAAUGCUUGAAAUCCAAGAAAUCCACGUGUACGAACCUUAUCAACGCAUCAAGUAGAUCAAACUUCCUAUCAAACGCAAAAUCUCAUCCAUGGCGAGUUCAUGGACAUACAUUGUGUCUGUCUGUCCCUCCACAUAAUUAUAUUUCUGUUUCGAAAAGUUGGCAUCAUCUUAAACAAAGAUGUUACUUGAAUCUUUGGACUGGAGCACUUGUACUGCUUUAUUUGUAAACAGCUUGAUGCAGGUGUUCAUCUGCGUUCACUUGAGUUUUUGAAGGUUCAGGUUUUGUUUAACUGAUGGUGAUAAACUUUCUGCAAACUUUGAGAUACAUGAUUCAUGGUGAUAAUUUUUUUUGAGCGUGUUUAAAUGUCUUUAACUGUUUCUUCGCCGUUUCCUGUUGCUUGUUCUGUCCAUUUAUUAUUAUGCAGGCGGUUAUGUGAUUUGGUCUGUUCACUCUUGUGAAGGACCUUGUUGUUCUCGGUUGUCAAGGCUGCAAUAAGUCUUGUCUUUGGAUGAACAGUUUGUGGCGCUUGACAUGUUUGAAGCUUAUGUACAGAAGAGGGGUCAACCCCUUCCUUUCAGUUUAAGACAGAAGAGUUCAGCAACUCUCUUUCUUGCAGGCGUGUUGUUUUUGUUGUUGUUUUUGUUGUUGUUGUUUUGAAUCAGCCAGGACCUGCAGUUAGUCCUUGUCCAAAGCGUUGGUGGUGUUGAAGGCAUGUAGAUACAGAAAAGCUUGUGCGAGUGGCUUGUGUACAAAGCAGACGAUCAUCUACAAUCCGUGGACACGGUGAUGACCACCUUCAUGGAAACUGUUUACAAUGAACGCUGGCUGAACAAUCUUCACCUUCAUUCUUGUAGUCUUCAUAAACUUCUACGUGGCUCAGUCAUCAGAAAGGAUAACACUUUUCUUUAUUUUAAAGAAGCAUUCCAUAUUUGAAAUUAGCAGUAUUUGAACACCCACCUACACUUUAUAAGAUAAGAUAAGAAAAAUAUCGCUCGAUCUGUAAAGCAUUAUUGCAAAUUUUUGUUGUUAUUGCUUGGCAUUGUCUGAUUAUGUUUUGAAACAUAAAACUGUCUUUCGCUGCAUUAUCAGUCGUUUGUUUAAUAUAAGGGCAGUAAUCUGUGUCGCUACAGUCGUGAUUUGAUCAUCCUUUACGGAGUGUGUAUAAAAAAAAAGGCAACUUUGCUUUGACCACCUUUAAGCUAUCGCACAAAAUUUUAAAUGAAAUUCCAUUGAAUCAUCUGCUGGUGUAUUUCAUUUAUCUAUCGUCAAAGAUUGGAUAGAACUGUUUUUUUUAAAGCAAAGAUGUAUCUGAACCUAAUAUUGUAAUUUUCCCCGAGUGCAUGAGAGCAAGAGAAAGGGAAGCUGCUUGCAGGCAGUGUGUGGGCUGCUUGUUAACUCAGCAGUUCAGGUUUUUGUCCUCACACCCUACAUUGGUUGACAUUCUUUGAAUGGCAAGGGUUCAAACAAAUGCGUCAACUGCACACCGAAAAUUUGUGAUCGUGAAGGGCAUCUGGAACAAGACCUUGUCCUCUGGCACAAAGCCCAGACACUUCGCCAUUGACGAACCACCACCUUCAAAAUAUCAUCUUUGCUUUUUUUUGACCAACAUAUUCCGCACAAUCAAAUAACAAAAUUUGUCACUCGAUACUUUUAUGCUGGGAACAGCUGUAUGAACGUGGAUAUCAAAUGUGUAACAAAGCCUUGUCAUCAAUAGUAUUCAUCCAGUCAGCGCAAAUAUUAACAUGACAAGGCUUCGAUUAGUGAUCACCUUGAUAGGUAAAGCUGACAUUAUUUUAUUUGUGCUUUUCUUUCUCGAGAAACUCCAAACUAAGAAGAAUAAGAAGAAUGAUCACCCAUGCCUAACUUUGACGAAGACAUUCCGUAUAUAUAUACAAUGAAACAAUAUUUGCCACUGAGGGCUCUUGCUUUGUGACUCAUUCCUUUUAAAUGGCGCAUUAAAUGUCAUUUGUAAUGAUCAAAUAUUAAAAUAAUAAUCAUACACAGAAAAUACAUAUUAUAUACAGGUAAAAAUGUAUUCUUAAGUGCGCAGAGAAGUAAACACUAGCACUCAUUAGUUAAGACUCUUCUUAAUGGACAAAUAUGGACUAACCGCUUGUCCAAGUUUGGAAAAGUUUUUGCUUGAUGUUUAUAUAAAACCUUUGCCAAACUUAGUCAAGCAUGACGACUGUACAAAACGGUUGCCAAAGCUGGUCUACAAUUGUCCUAUUGUCCUUCACAUGCGAGAGAGAGAGAAUGAACGAAUAAUUGACUGUAUGCGUACGUGAGUUAGUAAGUAUACAUACAUACCAGUAUCUAGUCCAGGAGUUUAAAUGAUGUCUUGAUCAACUACAGAUUAAUAUAAUUUUAACAAUCCAACUUUUCGAAAUGUAUUAUACCAUUAAUACUGAGAUUUGAUGUUUUGCAAUCUCCUCAGUCUGUAAUUGUUGUAAAUUUGUACAUUUCACACACCAUUUGUGAAAAUGGGGAAAGAUUCAGAAAGGAACUUUGUGGAGGGAGAGAGAGACUUUAUGUGUUUAUUAUUUGUAGCAUGUGUCUAGACUGCAGUAAACCUACAUCAAGGAGGUUCUGCAGCCGUGAUCAUAGCUUCAUCUCUUAACGGCUAAUGCUUUUAACACCUUCUAGUGUUGGUCUUACCUGCUGCUUGAUGAUGCCUCAUUAGUGUUUGUUGUCUGCAUGCGUGGAAAACAGCUGAAGGGGAUGUUGUUUCACUUGUCGAAAAUGGAAACGACGCACAAGCAAGAGAAAGAACUGAACUGUUCGACUUACACAUACACAACAGAGAUACACAUACACAGCAGAGAAUGCCGACAUACACAUAUACACAACAGAAAAUGUCGAGGAACUGUGUUGCAUCCUCUCAUAAAAGCUGUAAUAUACAUAAAGUUCCCUAGAGAGCUCCAUCCUUUGUCAAGGUAAACACCUGGAACAUACAUCAUGGUGUUAGAACUGUCAAACAAAAAUUAUCUAAAAAUAAACAGUAUGAUAUAUUGGCCUCAUUAUUUUUCUUCAUAUUUUUGUUAACCGUGAGAUUUUCUUUAGUUUUCAGAAGACAGAGGUGCAACUUCGAUAAAAAUAAAUAUGCAGAAAGGUUCAAUAAAGACAUUUCACACUCAUAAA